CAAAAAGAAAGACAGUACCAGGAAGGGAAAUGCUCGGAGGGCCCCGAGCCCUGGACUGAGAUCUUGCCCCUUUGGAGAACACAGCCGAGACCUGCCCAGGAGCUGGGAUGCUUUCCUGAGCUGCUGGGGUUGGAGCCUGGAACCUCAGGCUGAGAUGUUCGGUCAAGGAAGAACUGGCAGCCAGAGGAAUCUCGCCACUUUACAGAAGGGGAGGCACAGGCCGGAGAAGAGCAGAGAUUAGUCGAGAGACUGGACCCAGAAGUCCUGAAUCCCCGCGUGACACCAUCCCCGCCUCAGUUUUCAACCCACAUGUAUGGGACACAGUGCUAUUUCUGCCCCCUCAUCUAGAGAGGUGGUCAUUUUUCUGCCCAUCUCCUGACCCCUCCCCUUUGCCUCCCUCUUGGCACUGGGCAGACCCGGGCAGCUAUUCCAGGAACUGGAAGCCAAGCAACAACAGGUGCUCGGGAGGUCAUCAUGAUCGGCCCAGACCCCAGGCCUGCCCCUGGCUUGGCCCGGUGGGCUGAGAGCUACGAGGCUAAGAGCGAGCGCCGGCAGGAGACCCGUGAGAGCCGCCGCUGCCGCCCCAACGUGACCACUUGCCGCCUUGUGGGGAAGGCCCCGAGGACCCAGCAGAGGGAACAGCUCCGGAGAGCACGCCAGCAGCAGUUUUUCAGACGGAGGAACCUGGAGGUGGAGGAGAAAGGCAAGGCACAGAGCCCGCUGGCCAGGGAGCCAGGCCCCUCCAGGAGGACAGACCAGGCCGCUGACCUCAAGGAGCCCUUGUCUUGGGCCAACAGGAUCUCUUCCCCGAGACAGCAGGAGUCAGGGACCAGUUCCAAGGUCUUUGCAACCCAAAACCAUCCUCCUUCAGGCACCUGGAGGGAUCCAGCUGACCACCUCACCACCCAGGCUGGUGACCUUCCACCACAGGCCUCUCCCAUCAAGAAGGCAUCCAAACACCACCGUGGCACUCAGACAAAGGCAGGAGAAACACAGGCAACAAUCAAGAAUGAUGCCAGUCAGCAAACCAAUUAUGGAGUUGCAGUUCUAGAUAAGGAAAUCAUCCAGCUUUCUGAGUACCUCAAAGAGGCCCUACAAAGGGAGCUGGUUCUAAAACAGAAAAUGGUGAUUCUCCAAGACCUACUGUCUACCUUGAUUCAGGCCUCUGACAGCACUUGGAAGGGCCAGCUUAAUGAAGAGAAACUGAAGGGCAAACUGAGAUCCUUAGAAAACCAGCUGUACGCCUGUACCCAGAAAUACUCCCCUUGGGGAAUGAAAAAGGUGCUAUUAGAGAUGGAAGACCAGAAAAACAGCUAUGAGCAGAAGGCCAAGGAAUCACUGCAGAAGGUGCUGGAGGAGAAGAUGAGCGCAGAACAGCAACUGCAGAACACACAGCGGUCCCUGGCUCUAGCCGAGCAGAAGUGUGAAGAGUGGAAGAGCCAGUAUGAGGCUCUGAAGGAGGACUGGCGGACCCUGGGCACUCAGCACAGAGAGCUGGAGAGCCAGCUCCACGUGCUUCAGUCCAAACUGCAGGGAGCAGACAGCAGGGACUCACAGAUGAAGCAGGCCCUACGGCUUCUGGAGAGUGAGCACCAAGAGCUGCAGGCCAGGAUCGAAUGCCUGCAGGAGGACAGAGACCUGUGCAGCUCGGGCACCCAGCACCUGCAAGAUCAACUAAAGAGGUCAGAGGAGGAGAAACUCGCCCUGGUGACCAAAGUACAGCAGCUGCAGAGUCUGCUUCAGAACCAAUCCUUACAGCUUCAAGAACAGGAGAAACCCUUAACAAAGAAAGAUGAGGCUUUGCCUGUGAGGAGCCCAAAGCCCUCCCAUAACGAAGUGGAGCCUGAGGGUCCAGGGAAGGAGCAAGACUUGGAUUUCAGAGAUGAGCUCCAGAAGAAAACUCUGCAGCUCCUGGCCAAGGAAGAGGAGUGCCGAGAGCUGCAUUCGGAACUAGACAACCUCAGCGACGAGUACCUCUCCUGCCUGCGUAAGCUGCAGCACUGUCGGGAAGAGCUCAGCCAGAGCCGACAGCCGCCCCCCAGAAGGCAAUGUGGCCGGUGGCUCCUGAUGCUGACGGCGCUGACUGCUAUUGCAGUGGCAGUGAUGCUGGCCAAUAAGGACAGCCUGAUGCUCUAACUGGUGACCGCUGCCCUGGGUGAAAAUCAGAAACAAGAAACUCAGUUUAAAAAAAGAAAUGAAAAAACUCAGGUUUGGGUACUUCAAGGUCUGGGUUUUCCCAACGCAACUAAGAUUUUUGACUUACUAUUUUUUUAACCUGCUGUAAAAAUAAACAAAUAAAUUUCACCUGA